AUGGUUCUGAAUAGCCUCGAGGCUGCAGUUGAUCUUCUUGAAAAGCGAGGACACAAAUACAGCGACCGGCCUCGAUUUGUGCUAUGGGAGUUGAUGGGGUGGGCGCCAACCCUGACCUGGCUCCGAUGGUCACCCAAAAUGCUGCAGCAUCGACGGAUGUUGCAACCGCCGUUCUCGCGUUCUCGAGUGGGACAGUUCAAGCCAGUACAGAAGCGAGAAGCUGUACGAGCAGCUCUGUGCAUGGUCAGAGACCCUGAGCACUGGGCCAAGGCAGCAACAAGGUUUGCUGUCGGGGUAGUCCUGGACAUAAGUUAUGGCAUCGAGCUGAAAUGGACUGGGUCUUGUAACAACAACAACCCUUACGUUGCCCUGCUGGACGAUGCGAGCACGGCAAUAGGGAACGCUGGUCCCCCUGCCAGCAGUAUAGUUGAUCGCUGGCCUCUCACGAGGCACCUUCCCGCGUGGCUACCGUUCAUGGAGCGCCUGCGGUACGCUAGAAAGUGGAGGUCGGCGAUUGUGCAGGUGACCAAUUUCCCCUUCUCGGCCGCACUGAGGGAAAUGCUCUCGACGUCUAUCGAGAAAACCACAAAGCCGAGCUUCGUGCGCGAAAGACUGGAUGUGUUUCGGAGAAACCAGCAGGCGGGUGUCGACAACGACUUUGGAAUGGAUGAUAUCAAGGGUUCCGCUGCAACUAUUCUCAUUGCUGGAAGCGAUACGACGGCAACCACUGUGAGACUGUUCAUUCUGUACAUGAUGCAGAACCCCAGAGUCCAAAAGCGCGCGCGGACCGAGAUCGACCGCGCAAUUGGCACCACGACACCGACAGAGAUGAGACGGCUGCCCACGUGGGGAGACAUGAACAAACUUCCUUACCUGGCGCUGGUCCUUCAGGAGGUGUACCGCAGCAACCCUCUGUCACCGCUCGGGAUACCUCACGCCACGCUCGAGGACGAUGAAUACAGGGGCAUGCUGAUACCCAAGGGAACGGUCGUAUACCCCAACGCGUGGGCUAUGGCUCAUGACCCCCUGGUGUACUCGGCCCCCGACGAGUUCCUGCCCGAGCGCUACAUGCCUCGGGGCAGUAUCACCAUUGGGCAGACCAAGGAUGACGCAGCGCCGGGACGUGGGGAGUCGCUCCCCAUAGGCAACUUUGGGUUCGGCAGGCGCAUAUGUGUCGGGCGCACCCUCGCAGAGAACAGCCUGCUCAUAGUUUUUGCCACCAUCUUGGCAACGCUGGAGAUCGGGCCGCCAGGGGGCGAGGACGGCCAAGAGGACCAAGAUGUGCAAUGGUCAUUCAGGGGUCAGGCAUACCCCUUGCCCUUUAGGUGCUCCAUUGUGCCAAGGUCUGACAUGGCUAUAAGGCUGCUGGAAGAUUCGGCGGGUGUACCUGAAGCGACGUGA